UCAUUAUCAAAAAUCAUUUAUUCCCGGCGAUAAAAUGUCUAAUCGAGAUGAAAAAGUAAUUUAUUUUAUGGAGAUCUAAAAUUUUAUGGCCAUGGAGGCAGAUGAUUAAAUGUACCAUAAAAAUGAACCUCUCAAUUUCAUCAGGGAAAUAUUAAUUGACACUAAAAACCGCGAGGAGUUUUCAAAGAACUACGGAAGUACGUCGUCGUAACUCAAUCAAUACAUCAAGAGUUUCUCUGUCGCACCCUUUCAUUUGGAUAUCUCCCAAUCCCCAAGGAAGAAACACAAUCUGUUAUAAUGGGCAAUGUUUUAUAUUGGCAAUAUUUAAUUUAAAAAAAAAUAUUGUGCGUGUCUCAGAAUAUUCUGUGUAUAUUUAAUUUUGGUUAUCAGGAUUUCGGAGUUUGAUUUGUAUGGAGUAUUAUCUCUACAUUUAUGAUGUUCGAAGCUGCGCAAUAUUUCAACCAAAAGGGAGUAGAAAGCAACCAGAUAUUCAUUCAUUUAAACUUUAUUGAAAUGUUUGUUUAUGUUAUUUAUUCACACACGUGUAGCCACUCUGUUUAUUAAUGGCCCUCGAAUGUAUAAUCAAUUUUUACUAAUUUAUAUUUUAUUAUUUCAUAUUGAAAUUGCCAAGAAGAAAUAAAUCGCAGUUUAAUAAUAAUCAAUAAUAUGGUUUGGUCAACGCAGCGGAUUUUCUCACGGUGUCCGACCGAUAUUUUAAAUUGCUCGUUGCACUGUUAAUUUUAGAGUUUAUUUGCCAGACAACGAGAGGCAGAGAAAAGGAGAGAACGUGUUGAAAGCGAGAAACUCGUUAAGAGAUUCGAUUUAAACUUCACCGCUCGCCUUCCACUCGCGAUUAAUAUAUUCAAUUGAUACGUUUCUUUCAAAGGAGAAAUGUCUCUUUUGAGACAUUCUGGAUGUAUGCAGAUCCACAUUAAAUUUCAACAAGUAUCCAACUACGAUUACGGGUAUUGAUAUUCAAUUAUUUCAAAUACGAGUCAACACGAGUUCAGGCAAAAAUACAGAAAGUUCUUGGUGAAAAAACUUUGAUUAAAACCAGAAAAUAAAUAAUGAAACACCUGGCUCGAAGUUCGGGGAUGUGAUCUGUUUAAUAAAAUAAAAUGUCGCACGGAAUCUCGAUGCAGCCGAGGCAACGCGUGUAACCAGCAUUAAAAAUUGAGUGAGGAAUGCAAUAGAAGAAGACAAUUUAUUCGCCGGCACGUUUGAAGAGUCAAGAGUGAAGCGUAGAAACAAGAGUGGCCUAGAGAGAAAUAUAUGGAUGUAAUUUUGCGGAUAUCGAUUUUCUACCUUUAUGUCAAAUAAAUCGAGUGGCGUGUCAUCGUCGGGACAUUUUAAUUCAGCGACCCCGGCGCUCGAGUUCCCAAGAAAGAUGAACCGGCGAAUCCGAUCGAUUCUAUAUAGAUAAUAAAUUGAGACAUCGAAACACGAUUUUCGUUCUCCGACUGCCAUCGUUUAACAGCUCGUAUUUUCUCGACUUCGAAUUCAUUUUCUAGCCAGUUUCAUUGAUGGAAAUAUAGACGUAGUUCGUUGUAAAUUUUCGGAGAAUGCAAACAAUCGACGUGGAACUAGAAUUGUAUACAACUCGAUGUAUUGCGCUGUUAUUCAAUCUAAAGGGAGCAGUUGAAUGUAAAAUGAAAUGGGAAACUGUGUAUGUACCUUUCUUCGAUAAUGGUAAAUAUAUCUUUAUGUGAAAACAAAGGGAACCAUAAUCGAGAAAUAUUUUAUGGCCUCGCUUAUGCUAUCUCGUAACAGUUUUUGGUAUUGGUUACAAGAUACGUAUAUACGGUAUCGCCGAAAUAACGUGCGCGGAAUGAAAUAUAGAAAAGUAAAUUGGUUUCAAUCGGAGGUGUAAGAAGAGAAUUUUUACUCACCAUACAAAAUCCGAUUAGAGGGAAGGAUGCGAAUGGAAAAGAAAAGUAAUCCUUCACUUCGCGAGAAACAAGAAGAGGUACACAAUCUGUUUUGUGAAAGAUAAUUGACGUGAGGAACGAUCGGGGGUUUAAUAUAAUGUGGCAGAGAAAUAAUGCCACGGGAUAAUACUCUUCGCGAAAGUAGAAUUUUUAAAAUCAAAUAAUUCCCUCCUCCCACGAGGAGAUACAUCAUGUUCAUAGGCAAGAUCGAUCAUUCUUAAUACGUUUGAAACCGUGAAUGUAACAAACUGGAACGAACAAAAUUGUCAAUAUCAUGCAGUAAAUGUAUGAGGUCUCGAGGUAGAUAUUUUUUUUCUAAAUAUAUAAAAAGGAGUGUUACGGAAGUGCACGGCUGGGAAAAAAGGCGAGAAACUUGGAAGAUGUUUGUGUCAGGCGUUCGAUGGCAAAAAUGGUUUUAAGCUCUUUCGACCGACAAUCGCUUUUGCGUAAAACUUUCCCAAGUAUCGACAUGUGUAUAUAUAUACAUAUUGUAUAUGUGUGUGUGUGUUAUACUCCUUUCGAACCUCUCAUCUACAUAUCAAAUCGAGGGGCAAAGUUCUCCAAGCUUUAUGAACUCGCUGCCUCCCUGAGAUAUACUCCUUCCUUUGAUUGAAAUUUACUUUGAAAGCGUACACAAAAACGUUCUCGGACGGACCGUGUACAAUCUGCCUGCCUAGCUACUGUGCUUCAAUACCAGAGAACUGAACAAUGCAACUUCAUUUGCCUUCUUUUUCGAGGUAAUUACAGUCCGAAGAAGUUAGCCGGGAAAACAAUCUAUACAGAACUAUACUGUGCACUUAGACAGCUCGAUGACGACAUUAAACUGAUAAUAUAAGACGAAACUUCGCUACUUAGUAACAAACAGAAUUGCAUUACUUUAAAGCAGUAGUAGUUUAACCUUUUCCAGCGAUCAUUCGUUAAUUAAUACAAUUUAUUUCAUUUCAUUAGAACUUCAAUUUUCUGUUCCUUUUCGCAACAACGAUAGACGCGUCAUAUUAAACUGUCUCACCAUUCUGUGCAAAUUACAAUUCGUGCAGGCCAUUACGCGAGGAAGUAAGAACGGAAACGGGUGGCCAACCCGGUACAAUUGUAGUUUAAUCUACGUGGAACUGUUUAAACAAGAACAGAAAUGUGCUCUUUCGGUGUGUAGAGACAAUGACUCGUUAACUAAAAGUACAUACGUAAGUACACACGUACGCGUCAAGAGCUGUGCUGAAAAUUCAAAGCAAGCGAUUUCGAUCUCACUGACAGACCGCCCUCCGGGUCGAUGGAAAUAGACAACUGCAAAUAACCGGGAAUUCGGAUCUAUUAAUUCAGACAUAACGAGGGAGGAGCAGUGUAAGAACCUGUUUAUGAAAAACGGACAAAGCGUCGUGCGGAUAUUAAAGUCGACUGCUGCGGGUAUAAAAUGUGAAAAACUGUUCAAACAGGAUUUCAUUGAAAAAUGUUCGUAUACGACAGCAAAAAUGAAAAAUGCAUAGCAUACUUUUUAUUCUUCCCUAUUGAACUUUCCCAUCCUUACAGAAGAUUGAGUGUCAGCCUAACAAAAUAAUUCCACCUUCGACGCUGCUGCGAGUCGUCUAUUUCUCUCUAGGAUACGCUUCCUAUUUGGAAACUUCGGAAAAACUCUGUGCCGCGCAGAAUAAACGAGAGUCCAGAGAUAUACAUGCGAUAUUAGAAGAAUACAUCGGCUGGUACAGCAUGUAAGUACACAGGAUGGUCUAUGUACGUCGUAUAGCUACUUUCCAAUAUUUGUCGAAUACGAUCAGCGACAUGUGUCCCAGCAGUCUCUUGUGUGCAAUGGGAUAGUCUUCUUUUAAUAACAACCGGCUUUCUUUAAUAAAAAGCAAACAAUUGGUACAUAAAAGGCGGAUGUAAAAACGUUAUAAAGUCCCAAUACAUAAACAAUUUUAAUUACGAAUAUAAAAUUCUUGUCUAAUUGUUUGAUUAUCGUUUGUAGCUUGAAAAUGUUAUAGCGUACAGAAUCAGUUGCUCUUGGAAAUUAUAGCAAUUUCGGUGCAAAUGCUCUCUCAGUGUUCGAACGCGUAGGACAAUUGCAUGAUUGAUGGUUCAAUUAAUCGUGAUGGGUAAACAAACGGAUAAUGCAUAAGGCUAAAGGAAGAAAUUAUUAAGCACAAUUCAAGUGGUACAUGAAAGCAGUUGAACACGGGGGUGAGUUUGGUAAAGGGAAGGAAAGCGGGGAAAGGGAUGAACUGCGUCUGCGUUUGGAUUUCGGGGCGGCUGCAACAACCAUAGCGUCGCGGCAACGGCAUUAGCUUAGCCGACGUCGCACCGACCCGACGGCUUUUCGGUGCAACCACGUUGCUCGUUUCCUCGUGAUUAUUCGCUUGUUGCGUUUUCGCGGUGUGACCACCAUCCCGAUCCCCUUGAAUUAAAUAAAGAAUAGAAGAAUCACGUAAAUCAAUUUAAAUACUUUUACAUCACGCACUGUUUAAAUCCAAUAUUUAAAAACGUGUGCUCCGUCGUGUUUCAAUAUUUCGGAUUUUCUGGAAUAGCGCAAAAUACGAAUUUAAUUAUCACAUCGUAUUCCUCUAAAUUCUAUUAGUUUACGCCAUUUAAAAAGAAACAUGUGUUUUAUGAGACUUGAAAAGCUCAAUUUCCAUACUAUUUGAAUGUCAAGAAGUGCGCGUUUCAAAUAAAAGAGAAGACUUCUUGAGAGUGUGCGAACAAUUUAAAUGGUAAAUUGUGCGAGUAGCGAGAGCGAUGCAAAUGAAACGUAAAAUCGGCGAGACACACGCUAAGACAAAAUGUUUUUCGAUUCUCACGGGGGAAAUUGAAAGGAAACGUUUUCGGUGAAAUCGUCGUGCCGGCAGAAUCUCGGGUCUGCUUCUAGUAGAUCGUUACGGAUAAAGGACCAUUGCUCGAGAACCCGUAAAAAGGAUAAGGCGUCGCAGCGGUGCUUUAAAGGGACCCUUUUUAAAGGAUCGGAAACGAAGUCGGGGGAACUUUGAAGAUUCGCUCCCGGCUUGAGUAGGAGUCUAAAGAAUCUUUGUAUAAUUCCUGGUACUUUUCGAGGAAUCAACAGUGAUUCGAGGAGAAAUAAACGAAACUAAAAAUACUUCAUAAUGCGAAGUUACCUGAAGGAGUGUGUUGAAGGAAAAAUACUUUUUUCACUUAGCGACGGAGACGAGAUUCUUUUUUAAUUCACGUUACGGGAUAAACUGACUGAGAACGACAAUAAGGAAGUAAUUAAAUAAUUCUUGCUUUAUGAAAUAUAUUUUAGAUGAGACUCAGCUGUCAUUACGAGCCAAGCUUCUGAGAAUGUUCGAAUUUAUUUUAUGAGGAUAGCCACGUCCUCGGAAUCUUUUUCAACAUUUAUAACGGAUUUCGUCUUGUAAUAGACGAUCUACUUCUUUUAGAGGGACAGACAUUCAUAAAUAGCUAUCGUUCUGAUUUUAAACGACCGUACGAUCACUAUUUCUAUAUCAAGAACAACGACAGUUUAGUUUGUACAUAAAAAGAAGUGGAUGAAAUUAUUAUCCAACUAUUAGGAUAUUCAGGCACCGGACAUGCAUAUUUCAUUGGCGUAACUGCGCCUGGAGAAUACAGUUUGAUAGACGAGAUAACGACGAGAGGCAUUAACGCAAACGAGGGAGGAAGUGGAGGCGAAUGCAUGAUCGAAGUCGCGUGAAUCCUAAAUAAUCAUGGAUCUGAACGCGUCGUCGAGUGACUUUUGCAAUUUGUCGUGGUUUCACGAACGGUAUACGCAUCUGCACGGUUGGAUCUCGCUAUUCGUUUGCAUAUUCGGUUCGAUCGCAAAUAUUUUGAACAUCCUCGUCCUGACCCGACGGGAAAUGCGAUCACCGACAAAUAUAAUUUUAACGGGAUUGGCCGUGGCAGAUUUGCUCGUAAUGAUCGAUUACAUUCCCUACGCGUUUCAUCUCUACUUGUAUCGGCGAUCCAGGCGGGAUACCUUCACUUACGGAUGGACGAUUUUCGUGCUGUUCCACUCGCACUUCGCUCAGGUCUGUCACACCAUUUCAAUUUGUUUAACUUUGAUACUGGCCGUGUGGAGGUACGUGGCGGUGGCGAGGCCGCAACAGAACAGAGAGUGGUGCAGUUAUAGGAGAACUAUUUUCGCGAUUUCCAUUGCGUACGUCUUCUGUCCUGUUCUCUGUAUACCUCUGUAUAUCACAACAGAAGUGAGAAAACAAAUAGAGGUUCUGGAUUCCAACGGGAUGAGCGUCAAUAUGCAAAAUCGAAGUCUGAUCGAUUACUCAAACGCCACGAAUACGACGCUCUACUUCGUCCGAAUGACGGAAACGGCGGCGAACCAUAACAUUCUGACGGAACUAAAUUUCUGGAUCUACAGCGUCGUGAUUAAACUGAUUCCAUGCGUCGUUCUUACGAUCGUCAGUGUGAAACUUCUCCAAGUACUAUUGGAGGCGAAACGGAGGAGACGGAAACUGACGAAUAUUCAUGAGGAGAAUUUCGAUAGGAAAAAGGGCUGCCGGAGAAUGGACAAGGAGAGACAGACCGACCGAACGACUAUGAUGUUGCUGGCGGUGUUGUUGCUUUUCCUGUUGACGGAACUACCGCAAGGGAUACUGGGUCUUCUCAGCGUAUUACUUGGUCAGGGAUUCUUCCUGACUUGUUACAUGAUGUUAGGUGAUGUCAUCGACAUGUUGACUCUCGUUAACUCAGCCAUAAACUUUUUUCUGUACUGCACGAUGAGCAGGCAGUUCAGGAAGACGUUCAACGAACUUUUCUGCAAAAGUUGGAAAGUGCCAAAAAAUAACGGGAAGCAAAUUUUUUUAGAAAACAACGGAAACGUAGUCGUGAACCAUACAGUGACGCAGGUGACGCAGGUAUAGUUAAGAAGGAAACGGUGGACUUUUCACUUCCGUGAUAUUUUUGUCUAACAAACGCGGAUUUAUUAUUAUCGAUCCUCAGAUACGUAAUUCUUCGUGACACACAUGAUUCAUUUAUUAUCUGUCGAGAACAUGAAGGUGUAAAUAAAUACUAACUCUGUAUAUUAGGUUCACUAAUGAUAAUAGAAUUUCGUGUUUGUAAUAAUUCUAAAAAUCAAAUCUUCUUUACAAAAUUCAUUAAUAUUUGCAAGUUUUACGAAGUUAGGAAAUACCACUGCCAGGAAGAUAACGAUGUAUAUUGCUACAUAAAACGCAGUAGCGUUUUAUGAAAGACAAUAGAGUACACGUGAACAAUAAGAAAAAAAUGAUUUUGGCAAUUCCCAAAGACUUUUACUGACUUCGACGAGUGAAACGAAUUUUAAAUAUGAUUGUGAUCCAACUUGACUUAAACUAUGUUUAAUAUAUUGUGAAUAUCUAGAAAACUAAGUAUACAUUUCAUUAAUAAUGUUCGAUCUAUCUCUCCAUAAUUCUGUGCAAAAAUCUGUAUAUUGUUCGUAAUCGUUGUUAAUAUUAUGAUAAUAAUCCGAGCGUAUUCGCUAGUCAAAUAGACAUACAAAUUAUAAUUAAAUAUUUUUACGGAAACAUGUGUUAUAAUGGAUAAGCCACGGUAAUGUAGCAACGAAUAUAACGAUAUAAAUAUAAAAUAUAUAAUGACAUAAGUAUACAUAUGUAAUAUAAAAUAUAUACCA